GGGCGCCGCAGAUGACGACGGUCCGCCGUUGACGGGCCGCUGCGACAUGGGCCGCGAGGCCGUCAAGCGGCCGACGACGUGGCGCGGCUGCCGCUGCUGCUGUCGCCCGACCGCUGGGACAUCGCCGUCACGGGCUGCGGCUGCACGACCGCGUCCCAGGAGCGCUACGUGAUCGGUGCCGGCGCUGGGCGCACGGCUGCACCGAGGACGACGGCUACGGCGGCGGCUGCUGCGCCUGUAGUUGUUGUUGUUGUUGUUGUUGUUGCGUCGGUCGACUGUUACGGCGACUACGGCGACGACGCGGCGGCGUGACCGCGGCGGUGGCUCGUACCGUCACUGGACGUCUCUCGACACUGUUGUACGUGUUAAUUAUGGUCGUGGCCGCAACGAUGGCCAGCAUGGAUGACCACGAGCGGAAGAUUGUCGUCGAGUUUUGUCAACUGCUCGAACAGUCGAAACAGUUAUUCAACGGGCUCCGAGACCUUCCACAAUGCGGUCAGAAAAUCUGGCAAGGGUAUUUUGGCAAGACUUUCGACGUUUACACAAAACUUUGGAAGUUUCAGCAGCAACAUAGGCAAGUGUUGGAUACAAAGUAUGGCUUAAAGCGAUGGCAAAUAGGUGAAAUAGCCUCGAAAAUAGGUCAACUGUACUAUCAUUACUACCUUAGAACAAGCGAUACGAACAACUUAAACGAGGCGUAUUCGUUUUAUUCGGCGAUAAGAGGACGACAAUAUUACUCUCGAGUAUCUCAGGAAGAUAGAUCUGAUUUAAUGGUAAAGAAACUAAGGUACUACGCUAGGUUUAUUGUAGUUUGCCUGCUACUUCGAAGAGUAGGAGCCAUCCGGGAACUAUUGGCUGAGCUAGACAAACAAAUCGUAGACUACACGAGUACAUACGAACCGGACGACCAGCUGGAAUGGUCUUUGGUUUUGGAAGAAAUAAAAACAUUCGUGAAAGCCGAUAGCAUAGUGAACGUUAUACAUGCCGACCAGAGCAGCGUCAUACUUUCGCACAGAUUAACUCCACUAACGACACCACCAGUGGAAAAAUCUACGAUGAUGAAUCUGUCGUUGCAAGAAAUUAUACUCAUAGGAAACGCAUCAGAACAGGUCAAGUUCAGCGAAAUGACUAUUGAUAUGUUCCGAAUGAUGCAGACGCUAGAAAGGGAAAAAAAUCGAGAUGAAAUAAAUCACGUAUCGGAUCCCCCUUCGAGAGCAUCGUUCGAAAAAAGUUACUCAAUUACCAGUAAUAAAACCUUAGCGUAUCCAAUGAUGGCCAAUCAUGACGUAAAUAGUUCUAGAAGAGAAAAUCCUCACAAAUAUAUACUUUACAAACCGACUAUUACUCAAAUAAUGAUGUUUCUAGCUACAGGUUUUAAAGAACUUCCGGCAAAUGGUGUGCUGCUCAUGUAUGUUUCGGCAGACGGGUGCUUUCAAACAUCAAAACACGUUAACGAUUUGGGUUACGAUUGUGGAGGUAUCAUGGCUAGUAGCAAACGAGAAAUGGAACUGACCAAUAAAAAAGGUGUGCACGUGAAAGAAAUUCAUUGCUUAUAUCCUGGAGAUCUUUAUCCGUUCACUAGAAAGCCAUUAUUUGUAAUUAUCGAUUCCGAUAAUAGUUUUGCUUUUCAAUACAUACCGAGGUAUUUUGGACACCCGUUUGUUGUGCUUAUGUCUCCUCAAGAGUUACCGGAUAAACUACACGAACAACUACAGCACAACGGAAGUUUGUUCACGCUAUUCUUGCAUAGCCCUUUGACUGCGUUCUGUUUAAUAUGCAAUAUUCUAACAGUUAAAAUGCACUUGUGGGAGAGGGCCAACUCGUAUGUAGAUAGAUUUAUCACGGAAGCUAGUCGUUUAUUUACUAGUAAAGUGAAACCAGAUGUGUCUUACAUACAGUUCUUCGGUGACGACUUUUUGAGGCUGCUGCUGUUGCGGUACGUCUUUUGUCACGUUGUCCUGCGUCAUCAUCGGGCAUUUAAUGGAGAACAGUAUCUUCCACGGUGCCAACCACCUUUACCGUUGGCCAGCUUUUUAGACGAGAUAUCUUUAAAGAAAUAUGUCAGAGAGCUGGCCAAACACCUGGAUGUUCUGUCUCAUUUCGAGAACUUCGAAUGAUCCUCUACGGCCCACCACAACCGAUGUUGUUCGCCCACAACGUACGGCUCGGCGGCUGUUGUCAACUUCUUCCAGUAUAAAAAUAAUAAUUAUUAUUAUUAUUAUUAUUAUUGUUGUUAUUUUAUUUUAAUACAUAGUGCGUAGCGUACC